AAAAACAUCUUUGCAUGAAAAAAAGAAUCCUUUGCUCUUUUUGUUUUAAAAUCACCAGACAUGGCACUUAGUGACUCACCUACAAGAUUUCUUCACUGACAUCUGAAGAACAAAGUGCUUUUCAACCUGUACUUCUGUAGCACUAUUGACUAACUGUAAAGGCAGAUCUACCAUCUCCAAAACAAACCACAAAAUUCAUGACAGAGAACGUUUUGUAAACUGGACCAUAAACCUUAAUACAAUUCAGUCUGAUAAAUUUUUGAAGCUCCUUUUGAGUAUGGUUCCUGUUGUUUACCAAGUAAACCAGGAUGAAAGACACAAGAAAGUAAAUGGUGUCUGGCAAGAUGGAUUACAACCGGCAGGACACAAUUUUAAUGUUAGGUCUGAACAACACACAGAAUACCAUCACUUCUCCGACCCAAGUUUUCAUGGUAGCAAUGGACACAGCCCAUCUAGCUGUAGCCCUAAGUAUGAUGAUUUUACCAGUUACAAUUACUGUGAUGGAAUGGGUGCUUCGGAAACAGAUGCCAUGUUGCAGGAAGACAAGCUAUCUACUGACAGUAAUGAAGAUAUCAUCAUGGAAGGAAGUACAAAACAACCCAAAGAAUCUAGUAGUAUUAUGGCAUUACAGAUACUCGUACCUUUUUUGCUAGCAGGAUUUGGAACUGUUUCGGCUGGCAUGGUUUUAGAUAUUGUACAGCAUUGGGAUGUAUUCAAGAAUGUUACUGAAGUUUUUAUCUUGGUUCCUGCACUUCUUGGUCUCAAAGGAAAUUUGGAAAUGACAUUGGCAUCCCGACUGUCAACGGCUGUAA